AUGGCACCACCAAAAUCUGGGAAGACACUUCCACAAAACCUGCCGUUAUCAUAUCUCCAAACACAUGUCUUCUCAGUUUGGUUCUCAAUCACUAUCCCUGCUAUGUUUCAGCAUGCCAAGGCAAAGUGGUUCCCUGAAGUUGUUUCCCAAAUCAUUUUCCUCCACUUGCCCUUCAGUCUGACACUGAAGUCUUAUAACAUGUUUGUUCUAUCAUAA